AUGCUUACAACAUCAGCCCAAGAACCUUCCGAAGCUCCACCGGAAGAACCAAAAAAUCAGUUGAAGACAUCCGUAACUCCGGUAGAGGUUCCCAAAAAUCUGAUGCCCACAUCUCCAGAGGAGACACAAAAUUCUUCAGUGAAUUCUCCCAAAGAUCCCGUAAAAGAACCGGUAAAAGCUCCUGAUGCUAUUACUGAGGAAGAACCAAAAUCUCCUUUGGAAUCUCCCAAAAAUAAAUCACCUGUGAAAAUUCAAAAAUCGCCUGUACAAGAACCAAAAUCGCCGACAAAAGCUUCUGUGGAAGAACCUAAACGUCCCGAAGAAGAUUUCCAGCCGCCAACGAAAGAGCCCAUAACUCCUGUGAUAGAACCUAAAGUUCCUGAAGAAGUAUCCAAAUCUCCUGAAGCACAACCUAAAUCACCCGAGAAUAAUGGAAUUUCAAAAGAAGUUACUAAAAAUGAACCUGAUGCGACGAUUCCAACUAUCACCUCUGAGGAACCUGAAGAAAUUAAAGUACCACCAACUCCUUCUAAUGAAGAAAAAGAGAGUACUUUUUAUCAAGGAUGCACGAAAUCUUCAACAUCACCAAAUUUCGGUGCGCGACCUUCUUUGUAA